GGCGGGAGAAUGAGGAUGUGGGGGGAGAUUCUUCGGUGAAGAAGAAGAAAAAGGACAAGAAGGAGAAGAAGGAGAAGAAGGAGGAGGAGAGGGAGGAGAAGGAUACAAAAGAGAAGAAGGAGAAGAAGGGGAAGAGAAUAAGGAACAUUGAGGAACCGCCGGCGGAGGAGGAGGCGGAGCAGGCGGAGCAGGCGGACGAUGCGGAGGAUACGGUGGAGGAUGCGGAUGCGGAAUCGUCGGAGGCGGCAGCAAUGGAGUUGAAUGGUGCCCCAGAACCGGCUCCAAAGCCCUCGUCCAAGAAGAAAGACCCCAAACCCGCAGAGGAGCCCGUACCGACCGGGCACUCAUUGAUCCUUCAAAAACUCCGCCGUUCCCUCGCAAUUGCGCAUUCCAAACCCGUAUCCACCCCCGAGCCCGAGUCCACCCCCGCCGCCGACGAACCGGAAAUUGAAAUUGAAACUGUUGAAGCAACAGGCCUCGAACCGCUUCCGCAGCCCGAGCCGACAAAGGCAUCCAAGCCGGUCUCGACACUCUUCUCGCUACCGUCGUGGCUCAAAGAGCCCAUCAGCGUGUCGCCGACUACUAGAACGCCGUUCUCGUCGAUCACCGGCCUAUCCCCGAAGCUACAACAGCGUCUUGGUGUCCUGUCUCUCACGGAGGCGUUCGCCGUACAGACCUCCGUCCUGCCGCUCCUGUUGGAUGCAAAGACCGGCGGCGACCUGUGUAUCUCCGCCGCCACUGGUUCGGGAAAGACACUAGCGUAUGUCCUACCGAUCAUCCAAUCACUGUCGUCCCGCGUGGUGACACGCCUCCGCGCCAUCGUCGUCGUGCCGACGAGAGAACUGGUGCAGCAAGUCAAUUCCACUGCCGUCUCAAUCUCUUCUGGAACCGGUCUCAAGAUCGGCACUGCUAUUGGAUCGCGCUCACUGGCGGUUGAGCAGGGACUCCUCGUGGCGGAGGAGGAUGAUGGUUCUGUGGUCAGCAAGGUGGACAUAUUGAUCACCACCCCUGGGAGACUCGUCGAACAUGUGCGUGCAACGCCCGGAUUUGAUCUUACGUGGGUCAAGUGGCUGGUCAUCGACGAGGCCGACCGGCUGCUCGCGCAGAGCUUCCAGGAGUGGGUGAAUGUGGUUAUCGUUGGGCUCGAGGAGGCGGCAGCAAAGCACUGUGUCGACAGCAUUGCGGGUGUCGAUCUGGGAAAUCUUGGAUUGCGAAGUGGCCGCCGCGAGGCGGAAAAGGUCAGGAAGGUGGUGCUUUCAGCUACUAUGACUAGGGAUGUGGGGAAGCUUGCCGGGCUGAGAUUACGGAGGCCACGGCUGGUGGUCGUUGAGGACCCCCCGCUGCCAGAGGAUAUCAAUAUGGCUGACGCCGGGGAAGACGACGCUCAGGAAGGUGAGGAGCUGGAGCAAUUCUCUGUUCCCGCGGGGUUGCGGGAACAUGUCAUACCCGUUGAAAGCAGCGAGCACAAACCCCUGUACCUUCUAUACCUCCUCCGCAAACAGGGGAUCAAGACAGGCGCUCUAGUCUUCGUCAAGAGUAAUGAGGGCGCAGCCCGCCUCGCAAAGCUUUUGGAAACCGUGGGUGAGAAGUCGGGUGACAAGCUCUCGGUCGGCCUUGUCACGGGAGAAAUGGAAAAGAAACGACGAGAAAAGAUCCUCAAGCGGUUUUCCAAGAGUGAAGUUGAUAUACUCGUUUGCUCCGACCUCAUCUCCCGCGGCCUCGAUCUCCCAAACAUCCGCCACAUCAUCAACUACGACAUCCCAGCGAGUACGCGCGCGUAUGUGCACCGAGUGGGACGUACUGCCAGAGCAGGGAAUGAGGGAGACGCCUGGACGCUGCUGGGGAACAACGAGGCCCGGUGGUUCUGGAGGAAUAUUGGCAAGGCGAUUCGAAGGGCUAUUGCGGUUAAAAAGGUGCCGAUCGUUGUGGAGUCGGAGGGAGUAGGACUCCGGAAGGCAUACGAGGAGGUGCUUUAUGGCGAGGAGUAGAUGUACAUAGUGAUACCUUGCUCGGAGGCGUAAUGAAUAUGGUGCCUGCCUUGAAUCGUUUGAAUGGGGGGUUGCAGAAGAGCAAAAGUUACAAGUAACCGCAUGGGACUGGCGGGCAC